AUGCUCCUCAAGGCCGAGACGCUCGCUCAGGGCAAGGGCGCACUGCUCGGCGGCCAGGCGUCGCUGCCGGCGCUGCCCGUGCCGGCGCUGGAGCAGACGUUCAAGAAGUACCUGCGCAGCACGCAGCCGCACCUCGACGCCGCCGCCUUCAAGAAGACGGAGCAGGCCGUGCAGGCGGCCCUCGACGGCGGCGACGCGGCGCUCUUCAAGGAGCUGCAGGCGCGCCUCGAGGCACGCGCCAAGGACUCCGCCAGCGAGGGCAACUGGCUCGCCAGCUGGUGGAAUGAGGCGGCAUACAUGGGCUACCGCGACCCCGUCGUGCCGUACGUUAGCUACUUCUACGCGCACGCCGACGACCGCAGCCGCCGCACCGGCACCAAGCGUGCCGCGAGCCAGCUCAAGGCGAUGCUGCAGUUCCGCCGCCUGGUGGAGAGCGAGGAGCUCACGCCGGAAAAGACCAAGACGGGCCCGAUGUGCAGCGCCUCGUACCCGUGGAUGUUCAACUCGUGCCGCAUCCCCGUCAAGGACAUGGACCAGGCCACCAAGGCCGACCCGCGCAGCAACAACCACCUCGUGGUGGCGUACGGCGGGCGCUUCUACGAGUUUGACCUCGUGCACUCCGGCGAGGAGCUCAGCGCGCAGGAGAUCGAGAGCCAGCUGGAGCGCAUCGUCGCAAACGCCGGCGCGCCCGAGAGCAAGCCCGUCGGCGCGCUGACGUCGGACAACCGCGACAAGUGGGCUGCCGCGCGCGACGCUCUGCUGGCCGUCGGCAACGGCGGCGGCGAGAAGAACAAGGCGGCGCUGGCGCGCAUCGAGAGCUCCGUCAUUGUGCUGGCGCUCGACGCCGACUCGCCGACCACCAUUGAGGAGCGCUCGUGGGCCCUCUGGUGGGGCGACGGCAAGAACCGCUUCUACGACAAGCAGCAGCUCGUCGUCUCGGCCAACGGCAAGUCGGGCUACAUGGGUGAGCACUCGACGAUGGACGGCACGCCGACGCUGCGCAUGAACGACUUUGUCCUGUCUGCGCUCGCCGCCAACAAAAUCGACCUCGGCAGCGGCUCGCGCUCGCUGCCCACGCCCAAGGCCAUCGAGUUUGCGCUCGACGCCAACGUCGAGGGCCGCAUCGCCGACUCGAUCAAGGCGUUCGAGGAGCUCAAGGCGAAGCACGACCUCGCCGUGCUCGACUUCCAGGGCUACGGCAAGGGCGCCAUCAAGAAGUACAAGUGCAGCCCCGACGCGUGGGUGCAGAUGGCGAUCCAGCUGGCGUUCUACAAGAUGUACGGCGCGCCGUGCGCCACGUACGAGUCGGCGCAGACGCGCAAGUUCAAGUUUGGCCGCACCGAGGUGAUCCGCAGCUGCAGCGUCGAGAGCAAGGCGUUCUGCGAGGCGAUGGAGAGCAGCUCGGCGUCCGACGAGGAGCGCUCGCAGGCAUUCCAGGCGGCCGUCAAGCAGCACCUGGCCUACGCCAAGGACGCUGCCGACGCGCAGGGCGUUGACCGCCACCUGUUCGGCCUCAAGAAGCUGCUCAAGGACGGCGAGCAGCUGCCGGCGCUGUACCAGGACGAGGCGUUUGCCAAGUCGAGCCACUGGAAGCUCUCCACGAGCCAGAUCUCGAGCGAGAGCUUCGCCGCGUGGGGCUACGGCGAGGUCGUGCCGGACGGCUUCGGCUGCGCGUACGCCAUCAAGGAGAACUCGCUCACGUUCACGCUCACGUCGCUCAAGCUCGACGCCAGCCGCCUGCGCCACUACAUCAACGAGAGCAUCAACGAGCUGCGCGAGCUGCACGACCGCCUCGCUGCGGGCCAGAGCAAGCUGUAG